AUGGCGCCGGUGGGGGUGGAGAAGAAGCUGCUGCUGGGCCCCAACGGGCCCGCGGUGGCGGCCGCCGGCGACCUAACGAGUGAGGAGGAAGAGGGCCAGAGCCUUUGGUCCUCGAUCCUGAGCGAGGUGUCCACGCGCGCCCGGUCCAAGCUGCCGUCGGGCAAGAACAUCCUGGUCUUCGGUGAAGAUGGUUCUGGUAAAACAACCCUCAUGACUAAACUUCAGGGAGCUGAGCAUGGCAAAAAAGGAAGAGGCCUGGAGUAUCUCUACCUCAGUGUCCAUGACGAGGACCGUGAUGAUCACACGCGCUGUAAUGUAUGGAUUCUGGAUGGAGACCUAUACCACAAAGGCCUACUGAAGUUUGCAGUUACUGCUGAAACCUUGCCGGAGACUCUGGUCAUUUUUGUAGCUGACAUGUCUAGGCCUUGGACUGUGAUGGAAUCACUACAGAAAUGGGCUAGUGUUUUACGUGAGCACAUAGAUAAAAUGAAAAUUCCACCAGAGAAAAUGAGGGAGCUGGAACAAAAGUUUAUGAAAGAUUUUCAAGACUAUAUUGAACCUGAAGAAGGUUGUCAAGGUUCCCCACAAAGAAGGGGCCCUCUCACCUCAGGACCUGACGAGGAAAAUGUAGCUCUGCCUCUUGGUGACAGCGUGCUAACACAUAAUCUGGGGAUUCCUGUGUUGGUGGUAUGCACAAAGUGUGAUGCAAUGAGUGUCCUGGAGAAGGAGCACGAUUACAGGGAGGAGCACUUUGACUUCAUCCAGUCGCACCUGCGGAGGUUCUGCCUCCAGUAUGGAGCUGCCUUGAUUUACACAUCAGUGAAGGAAGAGAAAAACCUUGACUUGCUGUAUAAGUACAUUGUUCAUAAAACAUACGGUUUCCACUUUGCCACUCCUGCCUUAGUUGUGGAAAAGGAUGCAGUUUUUAUACCUGCAGGCUGGGACAAUGAGAAGAAAGUAGCUAUUUUACAUGAAAAUCUCACCGCUGUAAAGCCAGAAGAUCCAUAUGAAGACUUUAUUGUGAAGCCUCCUGUGAGAAAGUUAGUCCACGAGAAGGAGAUGGCAGCAGAGGACGAACAGGUGUUCCUAAUGAAGCAACAGUCACAGCUUGCCAAGCAGCCAGCCACGCCCACGAGAGCCUCCGAAUCUCCAGCAAGAGGACCCUCUGGCUCUCCAAGAACUCAGGGCCGAGGAGGGCCAGCCAGCGUGCCUAGUGCCUCUCCAGGUACAUCAGUAAAGAAACCGGACCCCAAUAUCAAAAAUAAUGCAGCAAGUGAAGGAGUGUUGGCCAGCUUUUUCAACAGCUUAUUGAGUAAAAAAACAGGUUCCCCUGGAAGUCCUGGUGCUGGUGGAGUUCAGAGCUCAGCCAAGAAGUCAGGACAAAAGACUGUAUUGACAAAUGUUCAGGAAGAGUUGGAUAGAAUGACUCGAAAACCAGACUCCGCAGUAACAAACUCUUCAACGGAUAAUGAAGCUUGAUCCUCCUUAAAAAGUGCAUAUAUAAAAUGACCAAAUAACUAUGUAUAUUGAUCUGCUAAGACCAGGAUUUUUCUGAUAUGGCACAUGCUAUCUAUCAGUUUUGGGGGGCAGGGGAGAUGAAUUUAAAAAAACAAAACAAACAAAAAAUACCUACUUCAUUGGCUUGUCCGAGUGUGGAAUGCACAUUUAGGAAGAUGACCUGUGAGACCCCUUUGUCAAGCAUCAUCACCCUUGGACUCUCAGGCAGGUGGCUGCUGUGGGGAGCAGGUGUCGCUGGGCUUCUUGUGGCGGGAAGUCGACCAUAGCAGCAGCCUGCUCUUGACGAGGGCGAGUCAGUGAGGUCCAGAAAUCACUGAUCAGAUGGUGACUAGUGUGAUCAGUGGCAUGGUAGCAAAUUCACUUGUUCUUGGGAAGCAGAUUAAGUAGCAGAAAGUUCAGGCAGGAAAGAGAAAGACCGAAAGGAGAGGGAGCGAAGUGAUGUGGGGGGAGCUGAACGGUGAAGGAAGUGGAGGAGGAAGGCGGUGGGUGGUAGUGCUGAGUCCUGUGUGUUCAGGAGAAAUUGAAGAAUCAUUUAUAAAUAAAAUAAAUUCAGAAACAUUUGAAGAACUCAUUAACCAGAAUGGGAGCUAAGACUUUUUCUGAGUGCAUCUUGAACUUAGGAGAGAUCGGUUAUGUGUGGGGUGCCUGAGUCAGGGUACUGGCCCAGGGUGCCUGGGCUCUCGUUUGUCCCUGGUCCAUGUCCCUAUGGGAGGUCCUGGGCUUCCUGCAUGUGCUUCAUGGGACAGUCACUGUGGCAUGUGCUUUUAAGUCAGCACUUACAUUAGUUCACUUUGGAUUGUUUUCUAAAUAGUUUUUGCUUUUUUUUUUUUUUUUUAAUUAAAAUAUUUUUAACAGCCACUGUCUGGCCUGCUAAUAGAGAGUGGGGAUCAGCCUCUCACUUGACUGUAAUGCAGUAUGUGACAGGAAGUUGGAAAUUUUUAGUCAUUACACUCUGAUUCAUUGGCUUGCACCAAUCCCUGCCUUAUUGUCUAGGGGAACUUUCUUAGAGUUCAAUUGAUUCAAAAGGAUUUUAUCCUAGCUCCUCAGGCUGAUCAGUGCUAUGUGUCAAUGUUUUAUAUUGAAAAUGGAAAUGAUACAUUGUUCUUGUGUUUUUCAUAAAUGCAGAAUUUCUUUGCUGUGGGGUUAAGUGUCUCCAAGUAGGGCCCAUUCAUCCCUGUUGUCUUGUCAAACCACCAUUCUGGAAGUGAUGACUGUGAUUUGAAAUGGCAUUUUUAAUUUUACAUAUAAUGCAGACCAUAUAAAUGCAAACACUACCAUGAAUUUAAUGUAUAAAAUAUUUGUUGUCAAACCAAUGUUGGGGGGAGCCACUGUCUACUUAUGUGCUAUUUAUUCUUUUUUUAUAUGAAUGUUAUACUGGGUCUGAGCAUAACUUCCCCAGUGUUAGUGCUUUUACAUAGCAGAUUUGACUGACCACUAACAGCACUGGGCGUAGCCUAACUUACUGUAUUACAUAACAAGACCCUCUGCUGUCUUGAAUUGCUUUUGUGUAAAGGUCUGAACACUGUUAAGGAAAAGUAGGGUAUUGACUUGCUUUUCUGACAAACAAAUUUUUGGUGCCAGUUUUACUUUCAAUGAUCAACAUUAAUCCCCUUUUAAUUUAGUUGGGGAAGUUCUUUAUAUGUGUUUUCUUUUCCCCCUAAUAUAUUGUGGCCUCCAGAGUGUUAGGGUAAUGACCAGAAAUGUUUGUGGAAUGACGUUUUGUUAUGACCAAGAGAUGCCAAACAGCUUGUAGCCACAUUGGUGGUCGUGGUGGGUUCUUUGCUCCCUCUUCCACAUUAAGGGGAUACAGUGAACAGCCUUGGGAACAAGGACAGGUUCUCGAAAGGCCCAUGUCUAAGAGGGAUCCUGGACAAAUUUAAGUUUUAGUGCAUAUUUUGACUGUUUUAAAAAUCAUUGAAACUGAAAAGCACUUUUUCUGUCAACAUGAACUGUAGUACCAUUGAUGAAAUGCUGACACUCCUGUCUUAUGAGGAAGGUUUCUUGGAGCUCUCACUUUUCCUGUCUCUCCACAAGAUGAUGCUCCCCGUGUCAAAAGAAACUGAUGCAGUGUGGCCUGCACUCAGUGGUUGCCAAAGUUCGCCAUCCUUGGGGAGUGCAGGGUGUCUUGCGGUGGGGGAUGUGGAGAUAUUUUUUGUUAUUAUAUUAGGUUUUUCUAGCAUUGGAGCCAAAGGCCAGCCAAUAAACUUUUUAAAUUAAAAUUCAUUUAAUUUUCAGGAUACACUUUUGUGGUAGACAGUUAAAGACAAUUAUGACUGUACAUUAUAAUGGUUACAUCUUCUGUUUGUCUUUGAAAUAAAAAAAAAAAAUCAAAGGAAUAAGCCCAACAUUGUUGUGACCGUGAAAGGGGCUGUGAAUUGGUCUUUCCUAAAAAUGCAAUGGGUAUGCUGCUAGAACUAUUUAAUUUUGUUUGUUUGCACUUCUUUUGUUUUCUUUUUCCUUUUUUGAAUUGGCAUUUAAAGAUCAGUAUUUAAACUGAAGAUGUUGUCAUAUUUUAUUAAUUUAACACAUUAAAAGUGACGAUUGUGUACAUCAUGACCUUAACGAUGUUGAUGCUAUAAGUGACAGUUCACUGUCUUGCCUAUACUAAGUUUGUCUGUUUUUAACCUAAAAUUAGGACUGCAGACUAGUUCUCCACCAGCUUUAUAGCCCAGGGUGUGGUUCUACCCAAAUUCAGUAUGCAGUCAUAGGAACUUGCUUUCUAGUGCUAGGAAAGAAGAUGUCUGAUUACUGCCUUCAAUAAACACCAGUCCAGACUGCGUACAA